GGCCCUUGUCAGUGGAGAGAACGGCCGCUAUUUUGCCUGUUAUUCUUCCAUCGUAACUAAAUGAGAUAGUAAUUGACGAACACAACACACCACGUGGAGAGAAGCAAGGUGUGGAGUACCCAAGCCUCUCACAGUCCAUGCUAGUAGACUCACCCUGCAUGUGGAGAUCUCCCAAAAUGCACGGAGGUUAUUCCAGAGCUGCAGGACAGAGUACUUGAGGCCAUUGGUGAACAGAAAGCUGAGGUUGAACAAAGCCAAGAAUUGAUAGCUGCCCAAGGUGUAAGCAAGAUCACAAUGAUGAGGUCAUUGUGACGUGUGCAAUGUGUCCACUGGUCUUGGCCUUCUUGACCAAGGCAGCCACACAAAGGAAAUUCCACGUUAUUGUUGCCGAACGUGCCCCUAAAUAUGAUGGUCACCCAGUGGCAAAAGCUUUAUGUACUGCUGGAAUUGAGACAACAUUAAUUCAAGACUCUGCAGUGUUCCCCAUCAUGUCACGUGUCAACAAGGUCAUCAAAGGUCAUCGUUGGCACCGAGACGGUGGUGACCAACGGAGGCAUUGAGACCUUUGUUGGUGCAGCCUCUCUUGCCUCACCACCAAAGUUUUAUUCUGUUCCACUGUAUGUGUGCACUCCCACAUACAAAUUUAGCUUGAUGGGCUGUGAAGAAAUAAGCCACCAAACCACCACUUCUAUUAUCCCAGAGGGAACAAAGUUUUGGCCGUCUGUAAAUACUGCGCUGACUCAGCUAGAUUACGUUCCUCCAGAAAAUGUCACCAGUUUGAUAACUAACAAUUCACAGGCACGUCAUCCACUUCCUGGUGAGAAGAUAUUAUGAAGGACAGGAUGACACGCGCCUCAGUCCCUCCAUGCUGCAGGUCACUGGUUGUUGUGGCCAUCAGGUAAUGUGCAAUGUGUGGUGGGUGAGAGGAAUGUAAACAAACAACAGCUGAUCGUGACAGGCAGUCAAUAUUUGAGGAAAUAUCAGGAACUCCCCCACGAGGAGGGAUGGAACUCCUAAAGGAGGCCAAGAAUGUGGUGGACUUCGCAUCCUAUUAUCCCCUCCUCAACAAGGCCACAACAGACAAUGACACACCAACUCCGGGAUAUGUGUAUGAAGAAAUUAUCAAGCUGAGCCACAACUCCCCUGGCCAUCGCCAGCUACUGAUUGACUUUCUGCUAGCACGUCUACACAGCUCAUCAUGGCCUGGCAAGCAGAAGGUGAUACGAAUCUUCCAACACCUGUGCACUCGUGGCCACCGGGGGGUGAGGGUCAGUCUGCGUGGCCAGGAUGGGGAGCUGCGCAAGGCUGCCGCUGCUGGCGGGCCGCCUGACCCCUUGCUGGCCAACACACCGCAGCUCUUCCUCAGCUCUGCCAUACAGGAAUUGCUGACUCAACUUUUUGACUCCAAGACAAUGAAGGAAGAUGAACAGUGGUUGGCAGGCAAGGACAAAUCAGAGGAGAGCAGCAGCAGCACCCUGAGUGUGGCACCACAAGGGUAUGGCUCCCAUGGGGUGAAGGGAAAGUAUGAAGGGUUUGGGAGCUCCCCCAUUGUCCCCAGUGAGAGUCUGGUGACACAGGUGCGAGGAAUGGUGGAGCGGGUGAUGUCCACUUCAGGGGACACCAACAGCCUGGACCUGCUGAAGGGAGAUAAGGGAGACUACCAGCCACUGUCCCUUCCCUCCCUGGGCUCUGUGCCACCCUCCCAGCCUGCCCCACAGAUCCAGAUGCAGCUUCUGUCUGCCUCACAGAAAAGCAAGUAUAAAGCCCACCGAAGGGGCCGUGCAGGGGGUGGCUGGGAGAGUGAUGAAGACACCCAGGAACUCCCAGCCUCUCCACUCACUUCAGAGAUGGACCUUUCCCCGGGCCCAGCCAGCAGCCACUCCUCCUCUGAUGCACACUCUUCAGGGGCUGCAGAAGAGCAGCUCCUGAACACCCUCACAGACGCCAAGAUGAGGUGGCCGCUGGACCAUGACAUGCUGGUGGGGAUGAGCCGGGACUGUGCCACCCUCAACCUUCCCCUCCUGCUGGGGAAAAUCAGCAACAAGUGUUCACUUCUUGCUGCACCCACCAGCAGUGACCCUCAGGCUAAUGAAACCUCCAGCAACAUCACAGGCUGUCAUUUCCUGGUUGGUUGUGACACAAAAGAUGUGCCCCCUCCCCUUGCCAGCCCAGACACAGACACCAGGACCACACGACUCCUGGCCUUGCUGCUGCUGGUGGAGUUUGGGAUGCACUAUGAUGUCCUCCCUCCUGCCCUGGUCCACUCCCACUUGGGACAGACUCUCACUGCAGUCAAGGAGAACAAGAAUUUGGAGUCCAUGGUGCAACUCAAGGCAAGGAAGCUUUCUCUUAUUGUAUCUAACUUUGUGUAAAAGAAGCAUCAGUGUUUUGAAUGUGUGUCUCUGUGUUGUGAUUCUUCUCUGAGUAAAGUUAAUGUUUGCCACAA